AUGUUUGCUCGCAAUUUGACUCUCAAACUGUUGUUUGGUAAUGAUGUUACUGACAGUGUUCAGUUAUUCAAACGUAAAAGUGAUUUCGUACCCCAUCUACCAUCUAAUGUGGAGUUGUUCGUGAAAGCGGUUGAAAAGACUUUAUACACAGAAAGUACGUCUGCCCAUGGGGGAUGCCUAGAUAAUUUAACAACUAUGGAAAGGCAGGCCUUGAAAGGUUUGAAGACAAAUAAUGACAUAAUUAUACGGCCCGCCGAUAAGGGGGGUCUUAUCGUAGUGAUGGACCGCAGCUAUUACUUGGAAACUAUGAAAUCAAUGUUGUUGAGUGAUGCCUAUGCUGAAAUAACUAUUGAUACGGUGACACAAAUGCAUGACAUGGUCAAUAGAACUUUAGUAGAAUGUAAAGGAUGUGGCUUGCUGAGUGAAGAUUUGUUUAGUUACUUUAUGGUAGAGUAUCCACUAGUACCUUGUAUGUACGGACUACCUAAGGUACAUAAGAAUCGAUGGCUGCCCCCAUUCAGACCUAUUGUGUCUGGUGCUGGGUGGAUAACCGAGCCCAUCUCUGUGUAUCUAGAUACCAUGUUUAAGAAAGUUCUGUGUCAAUAUGACUAUGUGCUGCAUGAUACGCAACACUUUUUGACUGGUUUAUAUGAAUUUUUUGAAAAUGCUAAUAUUAAAGAUAAUUACAUACUCACUACAUUGGACGUUGAGUCCUUAUUUACAUGUAUACAAAAUGAAAUUGGCAUUAAGAUGGUUAGAGAUUUGCUAUUAAGUAAUGGGUCAAUGGAUAUUUACAAGCUUCUCCAUUAUAUAAGAAAUGUAAUUUUUAAGACAAGUGAUGGAGAUGAGGUGCUGUUUGAUAUAAAUGGAGACACACCUGCAAUCUAUGACAUACUGAACUGGCAAGCAUCACCUAAUGGAACCGUGUCAAAGUAUGUGCAUGUUGGACAUUUUGACUCCCGUGCUCCUUCAGGACAAGACAUCUUCAUAAAUGAGAGCUUGAUUUUGUGGCAUGGUGGUAGCUCAAAGAUUCCACGAUCGGUCUGCAGUGAAUCUUGCCCUACCGGAACAAGGAAAGCUGUUCGCAGGGGAGAGCCAGCCUGUUGCUUUGACUGCAUCCCAUGUUCUAAAGGGGAGAUUAGCAAUCAAACUGAUGCCAGCAAUUGCUUCCGAUGCUCAGAAAUGCAGUGGCCAAAUGAGGUACAGAACACCUGUGUACAAAAACGACAUGAUUUUCUGUCUUAUGAAGAAGCCUUAGGUGCUGGUUUGACAGGAUCUACAGUGGUUCUCUCCAUAAUUACUGCUUCUACCCUUUGCACUUUUGUUAUGUAUCGGAACACUCCAAUUGUGAAAGCCAACAACCGGGAACUUAGCUAUGUUAUCCUUUUUGUUCUAUUCCUUUGCUUUCUCUGCCCCUUAAUAUUCAUUGGUAAACCCACAGAACUUACCUGCCUGCUUCGUCAAACUGGUUUUGGUAUGCUAUUCUCCUUGUGCGUUUCUGGGAUACUGGCUAAAACUAUUAUAGUUGUUAUUGCUUUUAAAGCAACAAAUCCUAACAGUAAUUUAAGGAGCUACAUGGGACACAGAACCCCAUGCUGCAUUGUUUCCUUCGGCACAUUACUGCAAGUCACUUUAUGCAUUAUAUGGCUGACAGUAACCCCUCCUUUUCCUGAGAUGAACAUGAAACUUGAAGAAGGAAAAAUUAUACUACAGUGUAAAGAAGGGUCAGAGAUAAUGUUCUAUUGCAUACUGGGAUAUCUUGGCCUCCUAGCCAGUGUCAGCUUUGUUGUUGCAUUUCUAGCAAGGGCACUGCCAGAUAGUUUUAAUGAAGCUAAAUUUAUCAGUUUCAGCAUGAUUGUAUUUGUGAGUGUCUGGCUAACUUUCAUCCCAGCAUAUAUCAGCACAACAGGGAAGUAUAUGGUAGCUGUAGAGAUAUUUGCCAUUGUGGCUUCUGAUGCUGGGAUACUAUUUUGCAUAUUUUUUCCCAAGUGUUACAUUAUUCUAGUAAGACCAGAAUUAAACACCAGAGGACAACUACUGAGUAAUGUAAAUACUUCCAAGAAAAAGUAG